GCGACACCCAAAUCCACCGCAGGAUCAACGCACUCAAGACUCAUGGACAUGAGGGGCGGGCAUUCGCUUGGGGACCUUCUUCACAUUCCAACAUGGAUCAGAGAGGGAGAGGGGUGGAUGGGGACAGUCCUUGAAGUGAGCAUAUCAGAUGCCAGCCAGGCCUGGGACCCCCGCGGCCAAUAUUCAUGCCGUGAUCGGACGGACGCCCCCCGGCUGCCGUGCUCCCCAAGUGAUAUAUUCGCCACAUGCCUGUGAGAUUGUGGAUCAAAUCACAUAUCCACUUCCAGUACAGUAUACUAUUUAUGAUUUCAAUGUUCUGUAUGGUACUGUACAGUACCUACUACCUACUACAGUAUGUAUUGUAUUUUGCAUAUCGGAUUCGAAGGCGUCGCGCUCUGGCCACCUUGAAAAGCCUCGAAGGAAGCAGAACGGGAACUCUGCGCGGUGGGCGGAGUCCUCCGCUACCCGUUAUCCCACCGCGCCCGAUGUGGAUCCAGGUUUUGAAACGUCAUGAACGCACACAAGGUUUGGACGUGGAGAUCAUACGUCUAUAUGAGCGAGGGGAACGUUUAUGGCUGGAAGGGCGGGGACCCCGCAACGUUUUGUGGCGCAGAUUCGAAACGGUCUUUGGGGCUCGUUUUUCCCGAGGUGGGAGAGCGAUUCGUUUUUGCAUGAUGUCCAGGCAUAUGGGCGACGCGCAUAGAGGUAUCAAGGAAGCGCGGCCUACUCCCACAUCCGGUUGUCUAUUGAGUGUCUCCCAUGUGUUUACGCUGAAGGAAACAUCAACACGGUAUUCCGAGCAAAUAGCAAGAGCGGAACACGCCGAGAGCCACCCAUCGAUGUACUGUACGACAUGCAUACUGGAUAUGCCGCGCACUAUGUGUGUACAGUAGACACCGGCGGAGCUCGCAACGAUGUGCUGCCGGAUUCA